CUUCUUCUUCUUCAAUGGCUUCCGAGAAGCUUGGGUGCUGUGGAAAGUUCCUGGAGAACUCAAAACCCUACUUCGCCAUGAUCUCUCUGCAGUUUGGUUACGCAGGAAUGAACAUUAUCACAAAGGUUUCUCUUAACCAGGGCAUGAGCCACUACGUCCUUGUUGUUUAUCGCCAUGCUUUUGCCACUGCUGUUAUCGCCCCUUUCGCCUUCUUCUUUGAAAGGAAAGCUCAACCAAGGAUUACUUUCAGACUUUUCAUGCAAAUCUUCAUACUUGCUCUCCUUGGGCCUGUGAUUGAUCAAAAUUUCUACUAUGCUGGGUUGAAAUUUACAUCCCCAACCUUCUCAUGUGCGAUGAGCAACAUGCUUCCUGCAAUGACUUUUGUGAUGGCAGCAUUAUGCAGGAUGGAAAAGAUAAAUAUGAGAAAGGUGAGAUGCCAAGCAAAGAUAGUGGGAACGUUAGUGACAGUUGGUGGAGCCAUGUUGAUGACACUAUACAAAGGGCCUAUUGUGGAUAUGGUUUGGACCAAACAUCUUCAUAAUCAGCUUUCUCACAAAACCUCUGCAAUCUCCUCUUCUUCUUCUGCUGCAAACUCUACUUCUGAUAGAGAAUGGUUAAUUGGCUCCAUCUUCCUCAUCAUUGCCACUCUUGCUUGGGCCUCCCUCUUUGUUCUUCAAGCCAAAGUUCUGGAGACAUACAAGAACCAUCAGCUAAGCCUCACAUCUCUGGUGUGCUUCAUAGGCACUCUUCAGGCCAUUGUUGUGACCUUUGUGAUGGAACACAAGCCUUCUGUGUGGAGAAUUGGUUGGGAUAUGAACUUGCUUGCUGCUGCUUAUGCUGGGAUUGUGACAUCAAGCAUAUCAUACUAUGUUCAAGGUUUGGUGAUCAAGAAGAAAGGACCUGUCUUUGCCACUGCCUUUAGCCCUUUGAUGAUGAUUAUUGUCGCCAUCAUGGGUUCUUUCAUCCUUUCUGAACAAAUCUAUCUCGGAGGGGUGAUUGGCUCAAUGUUGAUAGUGAUAGGGCUAUACUCAGUCCUAUGGGGAAAGCACAAAGAGAGUAUGGAGGCCAAAGUGAUAAUGCUAGAGACACAUCAAGAAAUUGUAAUGCCACCAAUAUUGCCUCUAAAAGCUCCAAAUAAUAAUAAUAAUAAUAUUAAUAUUAAUAAUACUGCUGAUUCAAAAUCUGAGAAUAAUCACUCUUGUGUUGUUCUUAGCAUGCCUUUGCCUGAAUCUCCCAUUAAAAACCAACCAUUUGACGAGGCAGCAAAAGCUUGAGAAUUUUCUAUCCUUAUAAUUAAGGAUAAUGCUUUUUGGUUUUUCCCCCCCUUUUUUUUAAUCAUUAAGAUAUGUAAUUCGUAGUAGAUUUGUAAGGUUUGUA